AUGGACGAAAUGGAGCCCGUCAAGUACUGUAGGUGCAGAGCUCGUGGCAACAAGACGUUCGUUCGGUACGACCUUUCAGGUUGCGGACACGACGGGCUGUUUCUCUGCUUAAACGGCGAGUGCCUGAACAUAACAAAAUCAACGUACAUAGGCCUGUGCAAAGAGGUAUUCCGAGAGAAAUACGGCACUGCCCCCAUUGGAACCUAUUAUGGCUUACUUAAGAGGGUUCCUGAGGUGUGUGGAAUUCACUGUUGUCUAAGGUUCAAUAACAACACGGCGGUUUGCCACGAUUUUAAAGACCCUCCGGACAAGUGCCGUCUAUCUAGGUCAGGUAAGCACACUUAG